AUGGAUGAUGACGAGGAAGGGAGCAUGUCGUCUGCUAUACCUAGCGAGGUUGAUCCAUUAGAAUUUGUUUACACAAACAUCCCCGACACCACUCACAUCCUGAAGCUCAACGCAAACUGCAAACACUGCAAGGCCAAAAAGUUUGUCUCUGAGACCGACGGGUUCUGCUGUCGCAAUGGCCAGAUCGAACUUCAACAACCGGAGCCAAUCCCAGAGCUGAUGAGGCUAUGGUCAAGCAUGGAUGCAGAUUCUAGACAUUUUCGGGAGAACAUACGGUUCUUCAACGGGCAUUUCGCCUUCACAACCCUUGGCGUCAGCCUUGAUGAGAACUACACAAACAUGAAGUCUGGGGUGUACACAUUCCGUGCGCACGGCUCCAUCUACCACAAUGUGCAUUCGUUCGGGCCUAGCUCCCGUCCAGAACAUCUGCAGUUGUACUUCUAUGAUGACGACCCAACCAUAACUCAUCGUAAGGUGGCCACCAAGCAAUUAGACCAGGAUGUCGUGAAGAAGUUAGUAGACAUACUCAAAGAAAACCCGUACUCCCAGCAAUUUAGGAGUUUGGGUGCACACAAGGACAACCUCGAUGAUUAUAGGAUAGACCUAAACACCGAUAAGAGGCUUGACCAAAGAAGAUAUAAUAGACCGUUGUCAUCUGAUGUCGCUGCAAUUUGGGUUGAGGGCAACGACCUAGCAAAAAGGUUUGACCGGAGGAUAACACUUUGUGGUAACAACAACGAAAGGCAUAGUAUACGUGUGACCUCCGGAGCAUAUAACCCGUUGUCUUAUCCCCUAUUCUAUCCAAGGGGGGAGCUAGGUUGGCAUCCAAAGCUACUUAAACGUAAUGUAAUGGAGGAGGUUGUACUACAUUCUCAACUGGUCCAUGAUGAUGAUGAGGAUGCAGAGGGCAACAGCAGGUUGUGCGUCUCUGUCAGAGACUACUACUGUUACAUGCUGCAGACACGGCCUGGAAUCUUCAAUCCCAUACUCUGUGGAGCACGCCUCUUGCAGCAAUGGGCGGUCGACAUGUACGUCAAGAUUGAAAGUUGUCGGUUGAGGUGGUACAGGAAAAACCAGACGCAGAUUCGUGCCGACUUGUAUAAAGGAGUUGUUGAUGCAAUCACAUCGGGGGAGACGCGAGCAAGCGCUGUUGGGGUAAGAAUAGUGCUCCCUGGAACAUACCCUGGUGGCGACCGUGACAUGAAGAAGAGGCAUAUGGAUGCCAUGGCAAUUGUCCAUACAUACGGGAAGCCUGACAUCUUCUUGACCAUGACUUGCAAUCCUAAAUGGGAAGAGAUAACGAAUGAGUUGCUGCCUGGUCAGACGGCGCAAGACUGA